AAAAAGUUCGCAGGACUAGAAAUAUGAUUAUUACCGGGCACAGUCAAUGUUCGUCUGUGCUCGUCUCGCUCGCAGAUGCGGCUCUCUAAUGGACCAUUUUGUGGACAACCUAAUAGAAGAUGAAGCGGAGAGGGAGAAUCUUCUUGCCAAACCCACCUGCUUCAUCAUAGUUGGAAGCCCGGGUGUUGGCAAAUCCACCUUGGCCAAAAAACUUGCAGAGUCCUGGAAGUGUAUCUUGAUUGAUGAUACAGAUCUGCUCAAAACACACAUACAAAAUAAGACAAAGCAAGGCAUAGAGCUCUUAGAUAUCUUAUCUGAGGGGAGAAGCAUACCAGAAGACAUGGUGUUGCAACUGAUUCUUGCCAGGCUUAGUUCACCAGAUGUGGAGCACUAUGGAUAUGUGCUGAGCUGUGUGCCGUUCAUGUCAGAAGAGUGUCUGAAGAUUCAUGAGCAGAUUGAACUGAUCAAAAACCUCAAGCAAACACCUGAUUUCAUCAUUAAUAUCAAGUGUCCAGACAAGGACUUGGCCCAGAGGCUGUCAGACCUGAGGCAGAACCCAGAGACAGGGCAGCUGUACAACAAGGAUCAGCUGAAGCAUGAAGAGCUGUAUAGCAAGAAGAAAGAAAGCAAGAAAAAGGAAGUGGAGGAUGAGGAGGACAAGGAGGAGCAGGAUGCAGAAGAAGAACUCCCAAAGGAUGUUACUGAGCAGAUGGUGUGGACACCAGAGAAUCGGUUCAGAAAUGCUUUUCUAAGAAUCGACAUGUACAAGAAUAGCAUCCUCAGACCACUGGAAGACUACAUGUCAAACCACAACCCCCUGUACCUGUUGGAGCUAGACGGAAACAAAACACCUGAGGAGCUGCACUUGUCAGUUAUGUCUCGUCUUGGAUCCAUGGCAAUAAAACGUGUCUCCAUUCCCAUCCUCCUCAGUCAGACUGAUCAUGAAGAACCUCCUGAAGACAUUGACACGGAGGACCUACUGAGAAUGAUGUCCUCCUGUAGGGCAGUGGCCCCUGGCUUUAGGUGGAGAAGAAGCCGCUGGGGCCGAACCUGUCCUGUUGCUCUGAAGGAGGGCAAGGUUAUUCCUGGCAAGCCUGGAUUCUCUGUGGGCUUCCAGGACAAACUGUACAUCCUUUCAUCUCAUGAGGCCUACCUGAAAUUUGUCAUGAACCCCAGACGAUACCUAAUCCCUCCAAUGCCCAGGCCCCCUUGCAGGGUUUCCAUCAUUGGUCCUCCUCAGGCAGGGAAGAGCACUCUAUGCAAACUUCUAGCUCAGCACUACAGCGCAUUGGUUCUGGACAUGGAGGAACUGGUGCAGCCGGUUCUGGCCCAGAUUGAGCAAGACAGGCUGGAGAAAGUCAAAGAGGAGACGAGACGGGUCGCUAUGGAAAAAAUCAAGAUUAACAUGGAGCAGGCUGGUGAACAGAUUUCAGAUGAAACCAACUCUGUAGAAGUGACAGAAGAUAAUCCAGAGGUGCAAGCCAUGGUGCUUAGUGCACUGGAGGAAACGAAACAACUGAGCACCUCUCCCCUAAGCCUGUAUGCAGAGGUACUGGAGAACCAUAUGAAAGAGAUUGAAGGGGCAGACCCUGAUAAGGUCAGGAUUGGCUGGGUGCUUGACAACUUUCCCACAAGCGUCUUACAAAUGAAUGCUUUACAGCAAGCCAAGAUGAUGCCAGAUGUCCUCUUCUGCCUCAAAGACAGUGAUGAACAUGAAAUUUUGAAGAGAAUGUAUCAGAUGAACAAGGAGAGUGUGGACAAGGCAGUAAGGAAGAGGCUCCAGGAUGAGCAGUCUGAGAAGCAAAGAGAGGCCUUAAACCAAAAGGAAGACGAAUCAGAGGUCCAUUUAAAUCUAGAGACUGUCGAAAAGGCUGAUGGACAUCCUGAUGAAUCUGCCACCACCGGCCAUGCACAUCCUGACAAUAUCAACCAGGAAGCAGUUGUACUACCUGAUCACUGGGAGUUGGGUUAUCCAGACGGCCCAGAGAUGAAUGAGUGUAAACUGCAGUUGCAACAGUUUGUGUCUAAAUGGGAGCAAAUGCAGUCUACUCUAACCGUCAACUACUCAGUUCUGGAGAUUGGUAGCAAAAGCCCUGAGGACCUGGUUCAAGAGAUGGUGCUUCAGAUGGAAAGUAAGUGUAAAACUUCCAAGUAUCAGUCACAGUCUAGAAUGGCUAUUAAAAUAAUUUGUCUUUUUAAUGUUUUGUACGUGUCCUGGGAGCUGUCGGCGUUGGACCUGGACGAGCAGACAGAGGAUACUGAGGCCUUAGCAGAGUUGGAGAGAGUCAAGGAAGGCAGCAGUGACAAUGUAUCAGAAGAGGAGGAUGAAGGGGACAAAACAGCCAAGGCAUUUUUAGGCGAUACCUCUCAUUUCUGCCCUGUGGCCUUAAAAAACCGCAACACCCUGUGCCCCUGUACGGAUAAAACUGCAGCUAAGUACAGAGAGAAGACCUACUACUUCUCCAGCUUAGAAGCCAGAGACUCCUUCCUUCAAAAUCCUGAACAGUUUGUUGCACAAACUGAGCCUCUCAAGCCUCCCGCCCUGCGGAUCUGUACGCUUGGCACCCGAGGGUCAGGCAAGACCACUCAUGGUGAGUGGCUCGCUCAGCAGCUUGGCCUCUUCCAUAUUCAGUUCAGGGAGCAGCUCCAAAUGCUCAUCAUGGCCAAGACAAAUAAGCGGGUGCCCUGUGCUGAUGAGGUAGAGUCUUCUGAGGAGACUUCUGAGGACUUGAUAAAAGAAGCCUUGGGGGAGGAAGAGGAGAUGGGGGGUACCUCUGUUGGCAUGAAUGACAUGGAGCAGGAAAUCAUACUGACUAAUGAGGAAAGGGCCAUCAAAGCUUACCUCUCUGAUGGAGAUCCACUUAGUCCACAGAUCCUGGAUAAUGUGGUCGCACCAUACUGGAUACAAGAACCAUACAGGUCCACAGGUUUUAUUUUAGAGGGCUUCCCACAUCACCCCGAUGAGGUUCAGUACAUGGUGCAGCAACAGCUUUACCCUGAUGUUGUGGUAAUCAUGACAGUGGAUGUCACAGAUGUUCAGAAGCGUCUGUUGCCAAAAUACUUGGAGAACUGGCGGGAGCGUCGCAAUCACCGCGAAGCACAACUAAACCUCCUUCGUGAAAUACGCAAGAAAAACCGGGAGGAGAACAUUGUCAGAAGACGGACUGAACUUAUGGCAGAAAAGGGUAUUAAUACAGCCAAAACAAAGUUUGGUUACCAUGAGAAUGAGGAUGAGCAUACAGACAACAUAAGGGAUGAAAUAGAGGUAGUGCUGGAGCAAGAGUAUCCUCUGGAAGAGGACAACGAAGGCACGGAGAAGCACGAGAUGGAGGAUGCAGCUACUGAAAGGCUGGAGAUGGAGAUAGAAGAGCGUUUUGUGACAGAUGAAAACAACCUUGUUACUAUGACGGACCUCAUAAGUGAGCAAAACAUACCCAAAGUGUCAGUCAGUGCAUCUCGCAAGCUGCGGAUCGUGCGGCAUCAGUUGCUUCAGAAAAUCCAGCCUUUGUUGAGCAACAGGGAUUCACUUUUCCAAAACUGCCAACCUGUCCCAUACAGCUUGGCAUAUAAGCUUCUGCUGUCCUCUUACAAGUUCCACAGUGCCUUUGGCUGCUGGGAUCCCAUAAAGCGAUACAAAGAGAGAGACUUAGUCCAGCCUCUGCAGUGGCCGCUUAACACCACAUAUCCCUUAAUCUUCCAUCAGUAUAUUUACUUCUUCACAUCUAAAGAGAACCGCGACACAUUUAUCCUCAAUCCGUUGAAGUACCUUAGGCAGCCAAAGCCUACCCCAACCCUCCCUGUUAAAAUGGCCGUCACUGGACCACCCAAAUCUGGAAAAACCACCGUGGCACAGAUGUUUGCUCAGAAAUAUGGCUUGGCACGGCUGUCCAUUGGUGGUGUUAUACGUAUGGUGCUUAACACUCAGGAGCACACUAAUCUGGCUGUUCAAGUAAAAAAUCAUCUCUCCCAGGGCCUCAUUGUGCCUGAUGAACUGGCCAUUCACUGUCUGGAGGUGGCGCUAAUGAGCUCAGUCUGCAGCACUCAGGGAUAUGUUUUGGAUGGUUUUCCAAUGACACUUAAGCAGGCAGAACUGAUGAAAGCUCAUAGCAUCAUCCCAAAGAUACUAAUUGAACUGGAACUGGACACAGCGGAGGUGCUGAAGAGAGGACUUGUUGACAAGAUGAAGCCCAACAAGCCUCAUCUAAUGUGCGACAGCUCGGAGAUCCUCCAUAUUCGCAAUUCCUGUUACAAGCAGGAGGUGGUGCAUGUGAGGAAACACUUUCAACAACAGUAUCAGAACUGGAUCUUGCUUGAUGGGUUAAAGAACACAUGGUGGAUCUAUGAUAGCAUUAUAAAGGAGGUCAGCAUCAGCAUGAACUAUAUCCGCAGUUACCUUGAGAGGACAUGGAAUGGGCAAGCGGCCUGUAUCAGCAGACUGUGCAUUACACCAAAGGAGCUGCAGAAUCGGCUUGGAGAGUUUGGCCAGUACUGCCCUGUCUGCCUGGCCCUUUAUUAUCACCUGGUGGACUGCUCAGAAACUGCAGUCUUAACAUAUGCCGCUGAGUACAGGGGACAGUAUUAUAAGAUGUGUGGCAAAGAUCAUUUAGAGACAUUCCUGACCACUCCAGAUGAAUUUGUGACUCCUAGCUGCCCACACCAACUCCCACAACCCCAUCUACUGCCAAGGAAGCUCACUCAGAUUCAGGUGAAGGACAGGUUCCCACAGCAAGUUGAGAUGAAGGGCUUCUGUUCUGUUACUUACUUGGAUGGAAAUCAGAGGUAUGAAGCCCUGGUUCCAGGAAAGCCCGAAUACGCUGUUGAAUACAGAGAACGGAUCUACAUAUUUGAGUCAAAGCAGAAACAGGACAAGUUUUUGAGGAUUCCUGAAGCCUACUGGGACCAGAAGCUGCCCAAUAAAGUUCCUCCUCUUCGUGAGCCUGUACCUCUCACCUCCCUUCCAACAUUAGGCUACUUGGAACAGGGUGUGGCAGUAGCAGUCAUCAAAGCCAUGACAGCUGUUGGCUGUCUCAAACCGAAGUAUCCCUUCCUCAGUAUAGAAAGAUCAGCGCUCCUCUAUCUGGCCUUCUAUCUUAAAGCUUUCAACCACAAAAGCACAGACUACACUCGGCAGAAGUACAAAAAGAAGCUGGCUUUGUUUGAAGAGAACUGUACGCUCAUACCCUAUCUGAGCUCAAUAAUGAGAGGGAACUACAAGCCUCCCAAUGAAUGUCCCAUUGACUUUGAGUUCAAACUGAACAGGUUUCUUGCCUUGGAAGACUUGCCAGGAGCCAGUGGUGUGCUGUAGGUAUGUCUGUUGUGCAAUUUUACUACAGCUGGUUACUACAUUAAUUUAGUGUGAUUGUGUGUAAAAGGCUUUUGAAAUACAUUUUAAAUGUUACCUGCGUUAAGAAUUUAUUAAAGAUAUCUGUAACAAAGCAUAAUCAGAGCUGGUAACAAUUAUUGUGUUCCGUUUAUGUUUAACCUUUACAUGUCAGAAAUCGUUCGCACACUGAAGUGAGCGAGCGGUAGAGACUGCAGUGCUGCCUACUUGGCGACUUUCCAAAUCCUCUUAGCGACUUUUUUUGUCAAAAGCGACAAAUCUAGCGACUUUUUCAGGUGUUACUGGAGACUUUUCUGGUGUUUUGGAGACUGACGUGAAAGCACGUAUCACUCUGCAUUUACUGUCCUCAACGUGCAGCAGGUGCCUCCGUGAGCCCCUCCUCCGUCCGAAAACUUUCACAGUAGCCUCGCGCAGCAGUUCCAGCUGCAGUCAGAGCAGAGACCCACUCCGCCCCGCGGCAAGACUACUAACGAAUCGCGCAUGCGCAAAGCCGCCGCUGAGCCCGGAUAA